CUUUUAUUUGUUGGUGUUACUGUUCCUUUAAGAGUGCAAGUGAAAGAGCAGAAAGGGAUAAACAAACACUGCUCGCAGCAUUGCUUCAGAAAACCUGAUUAGCAGUACCCUGUCUGCUCAGCACACUCCGCACAGGUAACAUCAGGCAAUGUGUAUGGGACGCACAGAAAGUCAGCAGAUAAGGAGCUAUGGCAGGGUGCUGCAAGCAAUACACCGAUAACUGGAAAUAUCCAACAAUUCUUCUCUGCCUCUUUGGAUUUUUUGUGAAUUUGAGAGCUGUGGAACCAUUCUUUGCUGCAUAUCUUAUAGGACCACAUCACAAUCUGACAGCUGAACAGGUGUCAGCCUCUGUGUUUCCAGUGUGGACUUACAGCAACCUGGCAUUGUUGCUUCCAGUAUUCCUGCUAACAGAUUACCUGCGUUACAAGCCAGUCAUAAUCCUGCAAGGCCUUGGAAUGGUCAUCUCGUUGCUUUUAUCGUUGCUAACCCAUGGUGUUCCAGCAAUGCAAGUGAUGGAGUUUUUCUAUGGCAUAUUUUCUGCCUGUGAUCCGGCAUAUUACGCCUACAUCUACAGUGUGGUUGACAUUGCACAUUACCAGAAGGUAACUGGUUACUGCCGGAGCAUAACACUGGUUGGUGUUGCCCUUGGUGCAGUGAUUGGACAAUUGUUAGUCUCCUUGGCAGGGAUCUCAUUAGUCUAUCUCAAUGUAAUCUCAUUGACAUCAACCUCAGUGGCUUUUUUGUGCUCUUUGUUUCUUCCCUUACCCAGUAGGACCAUGUUUGUUCACAGGAAGAUGGCUGGAGACACUACAAAUAUAUUAUCCAAAGAGAUGGAAUCUCCUCAUUCAGAGCAAAUACAGAGUGUGACUAUUACAGAAACUGAGAACAAGAGCAAGUGCAGUAAUCAAUGCCUCCAGUUACUAUGGCGCCUGGGUAAAGAAAUGAAAGACUGUUACUCCUCUAUGCAAAUCUUGUACUGGUCCUUGUGGUGGGCAUUUGCAACAGCCGGAUAUAGUCAAAUUAUAAAUUAUGUGCAGCUUCUAUGGGAACACAUAGAACCUUCUCAGAAAUUUGCUAUGUACAAUGGGGGAGCUGAGGCCAUAUCCACACUCCUUGGUGCUGUUUUGUCUUUCUUGGUGGGAUAUGUGAAGGUGAACUGGGAUGUGUUUGGAGAACUGGCUCUUACCAUUUUCUCUGCCAUUGACGCUGGAGCCAUCUUCAUCUUCAUGGUUUACAGCAGAAAUAUCUGGAUGUGCUAUGCUGGAUUCAUCAUAUUCAAAUCCUGUUACAUGCUUCUCAUUACCAUUGCAACGUACCAGGUUGCUGUAAAUCUGAGCAUGGAACGUUAUGCACUGCUCUUUGGCUUCAACACUUUUGUUGCACUAGUUCUUCAGACAAUCCUGACUCUCAUUGUGGUGGAUCCUCGAGGCCUGGCCCUGGACAUUGUCACACAGUUUAUCGUGUAUGGAAGCUACUUUAUUGUUAUUGCUGGGAUUUUUUUUGUAAGGAGUAUGUACCUCUUGAUACCCCUGUACUGCAAGGGGCCAGUCAAUCAGCUACAAAGUGCAAUAAAAGCUAAAACUCAUCAUUAUGGGAUAAACUGAUGACUCUUCAUCUGCCUGAACCAAUACUGUGCAUACAAGGAUACUGCAAGAAACCACUGGGCUUGCAGGCACUCGAGGAUUCUACAAGGGCUGCAAAAAUCAAAGUUAAAAAAAGUGUUUUUUUUAGAGAAUUGCAUUUAAAAAUUCAGUAACUCCAUUGACUUACUCGUUUUGUGCCCCAAGGGCAGGUCUAUGACUACCCUUUGUACGUGGUGAGUGUAUCCUAAAGUGGUUUCCUUUGCCCUUCUUCAUUUUGAUUUUUUCAUACAAGGAAACAUACUGGGGAAAUCACCUACCACACAUCACAUUUCAGACAAGCUUGUCCUUGUUUGUAUGAAUGUACUUUAUUCAUGUGAAAUAUGUAAUGUUACUAACUGUCACUGUUGGAAGUAGGAGGUUACUGACUAAAUAAUGUUUUCCUGCUGAUACAUACCAUUGUGCUUCCAAGCUAUUCAGGACAAAGUAUAUCAGGAUUAUUGAUGGCCAGUAAACUAUAGAGUUCAUUGCUGACGCUGGACAAUGCUCUCAAACCCCCCCAGAACAGAAUGGUAUUUGACUGCUUAAAGCACUUGACCAGGUAUCAGCCUGAUAAAUACUUGACUGAUUGUCAAGAAAAUGUUUCUGACAGUCAGGAAUAAUAAUUAUUAUUAUUAACAACUCUAUCCUCACAGUCGUCUCCUAUAGGCCGUCGGGUCACUGACCCUAACAAGCAAUAACGUGGCAUUUCUUUUCGGACUGAAGCAAAAUAUAAGCUGCAAAUUUGCACAAAUUUUUCAUGGAAACAAAUUCAUGUAAGGGGAAAUUUCCCCAUGACUUGUAUUGCCUGUUGUGAACCAUUAAAAAAUGUUCUGU